AUGACAAAAGCGCGGGUUUUAAUAGUCGGCACUGGCGGCAUUGGCACCGUCUCGGCCUAUUCGUUGGAGCAAGGAGGCCAGGCCGAGGUCACCGCCGUCAUGCGCUCCAACUAUGAAGCGGCGCUGCAGAACGGCAUAGACCUCGAUUCCGUCCAGUACGGCCAGGUGAAGGCCUGGAAGCCCACUGCCAUUGUCAACGCCGUCCCCGACGUCUCCAAGGGCAAUAUCGCCCCCUUCGACUUCAUCCUCGUCACCACCAAAAAUAUCCCCGACGUCCCACCCACCGUCGCCGACAUCAUCGCCCCUGCCGUCACUCCCGGGAAGACCGCCAUCGUCCUGUCGCAGAAUGGCAUCAACAUCGAGAAGCCCCUCGUCGCGCGCUUCCCCGGCACCCCCAUCAUCAGCAGCGUCGCUUACACAGGCGCCACCGAGACCGCCCCAGCCAAGAUCUACCACGACGACGAAGACUGCCAGAAGAUCGGCGCCUUCGCCAGCCCCUCCGUCCCCGCCGACGUAGCGGCCGAGGCAGCCCAGCGCUACGUGCAGAUCUACAACCCCCACGGCAAGCUCGACGUCAUCUACGAGCCAGAGGUCGAUCGCAUCCGAUGGCGCAAGAUCGCGUAUAACGGAUCGAUGAACCCCAUCUCUUCUAUGCUGCGCAUGGACGUUGUUCAGAUGCGCAUGAGCCGACACGUCAUCGACGACUUGAUCGUGCCUAUAGUCCUGGAAGUGCGUGCCACCGCCGAGGCGAACGGCAUCGUGCUGCAGCCCGAUUUGAUCCACGCCGUUAUCCACCAGGAUCCUGUCGAUACUGGAUUCAAACCCAGUAUGUGCCAGGACUACGAGAAGGGGAAUCUCAUGGAGAUUGAAAACCUGGUUGGUGAGCCGUUGCGCGAGGCUGAGAAGGCUAAUGUGCCGGCGCCUACGCUGCGGAUUGUCUACGGCAUCAUGAAGGGUUUGCAGGCGAGGGUGAAGGCGGAGAAAGGCAUUUGGAAGCCUGUCUUUGAGCCGGGGAACCCGUAUGAGUAG